AUGCAGGCGGGACCGCAGCGGAUGCAGCAUUCCCAGCCGAACAAGCAGCCGAUUUUCAUGCAAAGACAACCCCCGUCACCUCAACGCCAACAGCAGCAGCAGCCGGAGAGUCCGCAACCUGCAUCCGUGCGGCAGCGGUCGCAGAAUGGUCCCAAUCAGGAGGUCAUGACUUCAGGCCGACCUCUGGUUGGCGGUAGAGGCGGUCGAAAUCAGCCUCCUGGGUACGCCAGCGCAGAGCCAGGCGCAAGCGGCCCCCCGCUCAACAAGAUGCGGAGAACCCACAGCGAGAAGCAGAGCAGCGCGGGGAUCGCACGGGCGGGGGGAAGCGGAAGCAGCUCGGGUAGCGCGGCGGAAGAAGCUCCGCCUUGGGCGCGGGGAGUGCCCAGCGGACCCGCGGGUGGCGCAGGCGGAACAUGGGGAAGCGCGGGGGGAGCGAUGGGUGGAGUGGGCAGUCCUGGGCGCGCCGGCGGUGCGCCCCCGCUUGUGUCAAGUCCGCAUUACAUGCAGCAACCGCCGCCGCUGCACCCGCGGUCUGUAUCAGACGAGGACAGGGACAGGAUUUCCGCCAUGAACCCCCCUGCGGGCGCAGCUGCUGCGCGUAUGGCGGCCGCGAGUAGGCUGGCGCAGGCUCAAGCGCAGGCGCAGGCGCAGCGGGGGAACGCGGAGCGGGAGGAUGGAUCCGCGUCUGAUGGGGGGGGGACCGGGCGGGGUGUAACUAGCGCGGGAUACCGACCCAUGCCGCAGUUUCAGCAGCAGAACAGGGGCAUGUUCAAGGCGGAACGGAGGAGGAGCUUGGAUCUUUGCACGGAGAAGGUGGGCUCGCCAGUUAAGGGGGGAAUGCAGCGGAUUGGGUCGGGGGAGGCGCUUGUUCCGGUGCAAAGGGCAGGGCCGCGGUUGCAGUCAGAAGGUGGGGGGAUGGGAGCGGUGGAGGGCACGUGGGAAGCUGGUAGUGGCCAGCAGAAUCAGGCCCAUCAGGCCGUGCAGUUGCAAGGGCAGCAGCAACAGCAGCGCCUGCAGACGCAGCAGCAGCAGGGUCAGAAGCAGCAGCAGCAGCAACAGAGCAUGCGGAGCAGCGCUGCUGGUUCAGGUGCUGGAGGUGCUGGUCCGGGUAGUGCUGGUUCGGGUAGUGUUGGUUCGGGUAGUGCUGGUUCAGGUGCUGUUGCCGCAGGCGCUGCUGGUACUGGUGUUUCAGCAGCUACCGGCGUUACCGCUCUUGCCGCAACUGAUUCUCUUAACGGGACUGACAGAAACGAGUCAGCUACUAACGGGGAUGGCGAGCUAGACGCCACAGGGUUUGAAAGCGCGCCAAGUUCGAAAUCCCCCCAAAAAGGCAAGAAAGGGGCGAAGGGAGAAGGGAAGGUGCAGGGGAAAGGGAGGAGAGACGGAGGGGAGGGUUCAAGCGGAGGAUCAGCAGAUGCUGAUGAUUCGAGUGCAGGGGAGGGGGGCCGAGGAGGGGGCAGGGGUGGACAGGGAGGGAAGAGUGGAGGGAAGAAGAAGAGCGGGAGGACCAAGUCAGGGUCCGUGACAGGGAUGGUGACCCACAGGCGGGCAGCGUCGUCACAGGGCCAGGGGAAUGGCGCCGCUGAGAAGGUCUCAGCGUCAGAGGCGGGUGGGGGUGGCAGCAAUGGGGGGGAUCGUAUAAUUUCUGUGCCUGGCGGCACUAGGGACGCUUCUGGUGCAGCUGAUGCCUCUGAUGCUGCGCCUGGUGGUGACGACGCCCUUGCUCUCUACAGGGCCGGAUCCCCGUCCAUAGGCCAGCUGCAGCUGCUGGUGUCCCCAGCUGUCUUCUCACGAGUCAUCAGCUGCAACGCUGCUGCUGCUGCUGUUUUGAGAUGCCCCAGUGAAGACAUGCUGUGGGGCAACUCGCUCUGUGAAUCCCUCUGCCCAGACCACGUGCCUAGAUUCGAAGCAUGGCUGCUUCUGGUGGCGCAUAUGGUUCACUCAGCAGCACUCCCCGCCCACCUGCACUAUCACACCUCAGCCUCCGCGUGGCUGCUGCUGGUGGCGCAGAUGGCGCACUCAGCAGCGCUGGCUCCCCACCUGCACCAGAAGCCACCUCCCCUCACUCACUCCUUUCACAAUCCCCUUGCCUUCCCUCCUCCAACCCCUUACCUCACCCCAGGCGUGGCUGCUGCUGGUGGCACAGAUGUGCAAAAGGGAGGAAGAAGAGCAAGUGGAGGGGGGAGCAGCGGGGCAGUGGGUCUCGCAAAUCUUUACGCUGCUGCUGCUGCCACUGCCGGUGCAGCAGGCAGCGGCAAAAUCCACCCCAAUUUAACCGACCUAUACACCCUUUCCGGACCUCCUACUAAUGCUCCUGCAGCAGCAGGCCCCCCCCUUCCCCCUGGCGCUGCUGUGUCUCUGACACAGCUAGGGGAGGAGGAUUUACAGGUGCUGAAGGCCCUUGUGAGGAAGGAGGUGGAGGAAAAGGUGGGGCGGGAGGCGCGGCAGCGGGCGGCGGAAGAGCUUCAGGAGGAGCUAAAGACAAAGCAUGCCGCCCUCAUGGCUUCGCUGACAAGGGAGAUUGCGAUGCCCCUGAAUGCCAUGGCAAGUGUGGCAGACUUUCUUCUCAACUCUCGCGCGCUAACACCUGACCAGAGGUCCCUAGUGCAACUCCUCCUCUCCUCUGCCGAAAGCCUCUCCCAAACCCUCGCCCGCCUCCUCAAGUCCCCCGAGGCUGACCCCGAGGCUGUUCCCGAAUCUGACGACGAGGAUGACGAGCCUCCGAGGCUGGAGCUUCGGGAAACGGACCUGCACCGAGAGGUGCGCGAGUGCGUGCGCGAGUGCGUGAGGCUGAUGGACGUGCAUGCCAAGGAGAAGGGCCUCGCCCUGCUGUGCGGCAUCGACUCCGCCGUGCCGCAGUUCAUCCUCUCUGACGGCCCCGCCAUCCGCCAAGUGCUGCACAAUCUCAUCUUCAACGCCGUGCAGCACACCGACAGGGGCGACGUGACAGUGUCAGUGCGCCUGGCGUCAGACAAGGAGGCAGAGGAGCACCGCGUGAAGCAACGCCGCAAGGACAGCGCUGCUGUAGCCACCUUCCUGGAGAGGACAGGCACCACUUACCUACUCUCACGUUUGAAGAAGUGUUUUGAGACGUCUCAAAACACCUUCCUGGAGAGGACAGGCACCACUUACCUACUCUCACUAUCAGUGCGCUUGGCGUCAGACAAGGAAGCAGAGGAGCACCGCGUGAAGCAGCGCCGCAAAGACAGCGCCGCUGUAGCCACCUUCCUGGAGAGACGCAGCAGCAGCACUCGCAGAGGAGGCGUGGGGAUGGGCGGGGGAGGGGGAGGAGCGGGGGAGGAUGGGGCGGGGCAGGGCGAGGCAGGGUCGGUGCUGCUGCGGUUUGAAGUGCGGGACACAGGCAACGGGAUCAACGCAGAGCUGCUGGCUGCCCUUGUGCAAGAGCUGGAAAAGGUGCGGGACACAGGCAGGGGGAUCAAUGCGGAGCUGCUGGCUGCUCCUGUGCAAGAGCUGGAAAAGAGCAAGCCAUCCCCAUCCUCCCUCGUGUCCUUCCUCCUGGGUCGCCCCUUCGCCACCACCGGCCCCCUUCCUUCCCAUGCCUCUCUCACCUCUCCCUCCCCCCCAACUACAACCCCCCCCCCCCCCUUCCCUCUUUCCAGAGCAAGGCCAUCCCCCUCGUCCCUGGCAUCUUUCCUCCUGGGUCGACCCUUUGCCACCACGGGCCUCGGCACAGUCCACGCUCUCAUCUCCCACGCCCUCAUCCCCGCCCCCUCAUCCCCCCCUUUUCCCCCUCCCUCCUUCCAGAGCAAGCCAUCCCCAUCCUCCCUCGCGUCCUUCCUCCUCAGUCGCCCCUUCGCCACCACAGGCCUCGGCACAGUCCACGCCCUCAUCUCCCACGCCCUCAUCCCCGCCCCCGGCACCGCCGCCGCCGCUGCCCUCGCCGCCAUCGCCCCUUCCAUCUCCGCAGGAGGAGCAGCAGGGGGAGGGGGAGGCGGGGCAGGGGGGGCUGGAGGAGCAGGAGGAGGGCUGGGAACUUUCAGCAGGUCGAGUAGUUAUUCGAGUGCGGCGGGGGUGGGGGUGGUGGGCGGGUGGGGGGCAGGAGCAGUGCACUUGCAGAGUGAGGUGGGGAGGGGCACGUCUGUGGUGUGUUUCCUGCCGGUGCCGCUCGCCUCGUGCCAGGACAUCACUCCUGAGGACCUGAAUCCACACCAGCCGUUGGACAUGGACGUGUGGACAGAGCUUCCCAACGCGCGGAUUCUCAUAGUCGAUGCCAACGACAUGCAUCGCCAGAUGGCGCUCUCCAUGCUGCGCUCCACGGGGGUGUCCUUUGACGUCGCCAGCUCCUCACAGGAGGCGCUCUCGCUCUUUGAACGCCGCCCCUUCGACCUCGUGCUGCUGGACUGCUACUUGAACGGCCCAGUUGAUGGCUUUGCCACAGCCACUCUCCUCCGCCAGCUAGAGGUCGACAUCGCCCUGAAGAAACACCUGCGCAGGAGCAGCAGCAACCGAAGCAACAGCAGCAGAAGCCCCUCCGCUGCCGCCGCGGCUGCCGCUGCUGCAGCAGCUGCUGAGGGACCAGGCACGGUGGUGGCGCGGGCGUGCAUUGUGGCGCUGACUCCAGGGACAGGGAACGAUGAGGAGGAGGAGGAGCGGUGCACGGCUGCUGGCAUGGACUAUUUCAUUCCCAAGCCGCUCCGACUGAGGGACCUGCACAUGGUCAUCAGGCAUCGUCUGGAGGUGCUGGCUCCCUACGUGCUCCCAGGUCACGCGGCCUCCCUUGUUCUCCUGGAAGCAGCCCCAUCCUCCUCUGACGACUCAGAUGAUGAGGAAGAUGACGACGAUGAUCACCAUGAUGGUAACGAGUAUGGCAAAAACGAGGACAGCAGCACUGCCAGCAACUUGCAGGCGUGGAUGCAGGGCCUGGCCCAGGGUGGUGGCUCGGCGGUGGUCCUCAACCAGCCUCCCUUCCACCACCUGGGAAACCACCUGGGCAGUGCGGCACCUGAAGCGGCACCUGACAGGGCACCUGGGUUUUCACCUGGAGCGGCGGCAGCGGCAGCAGUGUCCGCAGCGGCGGCAGCAGGGGAUUAUGAGGCGCAAAGGUUGCUAAUGGCUAGUGCGAUGCAGUCUCUCCCCCCUGAACUUGCCGGGGCCCUGCAAGGCUGUGACCCUGUUGCUCUGGCGAACGCCUUGCAGGCUGUUGCUGCUGCUACAGCUGCAACUUCUGACCCAAUGCAUCAGCAGCAGCAGCAGCAGCAGCAGGAGGUGUGGCAGGAGCAGCAGGAGCAGCAGCAGCGGGAGCUGUGGCAGCAGUUCGGCUUGUCACAGCAAUCUUUCUUGUCUGCUGCUGCCGCCGCGGGUUUGGGUGGUGCUGGUGCCUGUGCUGCCGGCGGUGGGGAGAGUGAGGAUGAAGGGGGGAGUGUGGUCGAGAUGGAUGAUGAUGACGAGGAGGAAGAGCUAGCAGGGAGUGAUAGUGAUGGGUCUGUGGUGCAAGUGCGGGAUCCUAAGAAGCUCAGUGCGAAGAGGUCGGAUAUAGCAGAGCUUCUGGUGGAAUUGGGGCAGAGGGAGGAGGAGAGCAGGAGAGCGCUUGGGAAUGCGGACGGCGGGGGCGGUAGCGGAGACGGUAGCAGGGAUGGCAAUAACGAGGAUAGAAAUAACAGGGGCGAUGGGAACGGCGGUACUGGUGGUGAUCGUGGCGGUGCCGGUGGUGGUGGUGAUGGUGCUGAUGGUGGUGAUAGUGAUGGUGAGAGUGACAGCGAGUCAGGGUCUGUAGUAGAAUUCGAUCCGAACGAGGCCCGUGACUUGAGGAAGCUAAGUUCCAAGCGGUCAGACAUAGCAGGGGUUCUCUGGGAGCUGGGCAGGCGAGAGGAGGAGAUAGAGGAGGAGGAGGAGACGGGUGGGGGGCUGGCCGGAGGAGGGAGAGGAGGGGGAGGAGGGGGAGGAGGAGGGGGAGGAGGAGGCAUGGGAGGGGCGGAGCAGCAGGGAGGGGAGAUGCGGGGAAUGACUAUGCAGGAGAUUUGGGCGCAGGUGUCGGCUCGAGAGCGACUGGAGGGCACACGUGGGGGCGAUGAGGGGUGCAGCGAUGAUGAGGGUGGGGGGAGAGGUGAGAGAGAGGGGGCUAGGGGAGGGGAGAAGGAAAGGGAUGAUGAGAGUGAGGAGGAAGAGGAGGAGGAUGAAGAUGAGGACGACGAGGAGGAAGAAGUGGCACGGCAAGCCAUGUUCGGAAUGGCCAAGUCCAAAACGUACACCGCUCGGCAGUACCAGCAGCAGAUACUGGACGAGGAGGCACAGGAGCGGCAGCAAAGAGGAGGGGGGCAGCAGCAGCAGGGGCGUGGGCACUUAGAGUCAAGAUCGCGCUCGUUAGGGCACGGACUGUCGGCAGCAGCAGUGGCGGCGGCGAUGCGACCGAGCAGAACAGCCGUAACUGAGCCUCCCACCAUGGUGCCUGGGGCUGCUACCAGGGCUGGUGGUGGUCGUAGUGCGGGGGAAGGGGGAGAAGGGGGCCCUCCUCAGAUGUCUUACCCUAUCCCUGCCGAGUUUGCUUCGCCUUUCCUCCUUCCCCAGAACUUCACCGCGCCGCAGGUGUUAGCGCAACAGGGGAUGGGCCGGGGAGGGAUGGGAGGAGGGAUGGGAGGGAUGGGGGGAGGGAUUGGAGCAGCGGGCGGUGGUGUGCCGGCACAGUCAGCAGCAGCAACGGCUUUAAUCGCCUCUUUACUCUCCCCACGCAACACCAGCAGUGUGGGUGCCAGUGGGUUUGGAGGGGGUACCAGUGGGUUUGGAGGGGGUAUGCCCGCUCCCCUCUCCCCCCACAUGCAGGCCUUUCAGGCUGCCCAGUUUGGGCUGUUCGGGCAGUACGGGCAGAUGGGUUUUUCCCAAGGUUCCCCAUCAGAUCCCGAAGCUGCAGCAGCAGCCCUGGCAGCCACAUGGCCCAAAGCCAAUGGCGGCCCAGGUCUGCCCGGAUCUCAAAGCUUGGCCGAGCCCGAGCCUAGCCGCCAGGGUCGGCGGUAUGAGCGGCUGAGAGGAAGCAGCUCGGAAGAAUCACUCGAGCAGGGGAGUGGGAAGAGAGGAGGGAGAGGAGGGGGUGGCGGCGCUGCUGACAAUGAUGAUGAUGAUGGGGAGAGUGAUGAUGACGGGGAGGAGGAAGAGGAGGAUGAUGAGGAUGAGGAGCCGACUUUGGUACGUACCUUCACAGUGAAAGCAUCUGGGGAUCAGAUCAGGAGUCUGCUCAGGAGUAAAACGUCUGAGAGGGGAAUGAGGGCGGCGGGAGGGGCGGGAGGAGGCUUGGAUGGGGACAGUAACGAGGAGGAUACCCGAGGCUUGGUCCGAAGCAAGACGGCAGGUGCGGGGAAGGGGAUGCAUGCAGAAGAGAUGGUGUCGCUGUCGGCCCUGCAGGAGUUCCAGGGGCGAAUGAGCAACAGGGGAAAUGCCGCUGGUAAUGUUGCUGGUGCUGCUGGUGGUGCUGGGAUGGGUGGGAAGCAGGAAAAGCAGGCAGCGGGAGGCGGGGUAAAGGCGUGGAAGAAGGAUUGGGAAGCGGAGUUUCUAGUGAGUGUGGGGCUGACUAAAGUGGGAGGCGUGGUGCAACCACAGCUAGGAGGACGUGGGGGUGGGGAAGCCGGCUCGCUAGGGAGGGGAGGAGGCCAGGGUAGCAACGCCGCUUGCGCCGUGUGGGAUGAUAAGGUGGUACCUCUCGAGGAGCAAAUGGCGCAUCUAGACCAGCAGCUGGCAUCUCUCACAGAGAGCAUCAGAGCUCACCAGCAGGCGUUGCUGGAUAGGGAGCAGGUACCGUCAGCUGCCACAGAUGCUGACGGGGCUGGUGCUGGCGCUGACGUGGCGUUGGGCGACGCUGACCUGGCACGGCCGGCACGGCGAGUGGCUCUUGACCUGGUUGAGAUCAUCGGCAAGACGCACCUGGACGCUCCACGACUGAAGGAGCUGAUAGAGCCCAUGGCAAAGCGCGUGGGCAAGUGGGUGCAGGACAAGGUGCAAGACGCGUGCCAGCCGUGCCGCCCCUGCAACUCCACCAUCGUCCUCGUGGGCAAGCCCUGUCGAGUCAACGCCUUCCCCACUACGUGCCAAAGGAGGCUGUCCCCUGCUGAGGUGGACGACGAGGAGGAUUUGGAGGGACCGGGCGAUGAUAGGGUGGAGGGAGAAGGGGGGGCAAGGAGGAGGAGUUUAUUGGGUUGGAGUGGAGAUGAUUUGGAAGGGCCGAGUGAUGAUAGGGUGGAGGGGGAGGGAGGAGAGGUGGUGGGAGCAGGAAGAAGGAGUUUAAUGGGCUGGAGUGGGGGGGAUUUGGAAGGGGCGACUGAUGACAGGGUGGAAGGGGAGGGAGGUGAAGUGGUGGGAGAGGGAGGAGGUAGAAGGAAUUUGUUGGAGUGGAGCAGAGACGAUUUGGAAGGUUCGGAUCAUGAGAUAGUGGAGGGGGAGGGAGGGGGCAGCUACGAAGGGAGAGUAAGAGGGGAGGCAGAAAGAAGGGAGCUGGAGGAGGUGGAAGGAGGGGAGGGGCAAGAAGGGUACCCUGAGGAAGGGGAGAGGCAAGAAGGAGAAGCAGAGGAAGGGGAGUCGGAGGGUGGACGAGGCAGUGGGGGACGGUCUCUCUUGCAGUGGGGGGGCUGGGGGGGGAAGGGCAAGGCGGGCAAGGGCGCACAGGAAGGCAAGAGUGUGUGCAAGAGGGUGUCGCCGUUACACGCCAUUCUAGCAGCGGAGUCGGUGGGGGAGAGGCGGCGAGUGGUGAGGGAGCAGGAGGAGAGCGAGAGGAAGCGGCCGCUGUGUCGGGACGGCACGGCUCCGGGUUACUGGAAGGACUACAGCACGUGGGAGCCUUAUGGCUGCCGCUACAGGUGUGGUGCUGGUACAGGUAUGGAAUACACCAAGAAGGAGGUGCGGGCGUGCCUGCGCCACAAGUGGGUGCACUUUUUUGGCGACUCCACCACGCGCCACCUGGCCGCCGAGUUCUCCCGCCUCGCAGGAGUGCAGCGGCGGGCGUGGGACGCGGACAAGAACCGCACGGCCCUGAUGGAUACGGGCGAUGGGGACGAGAACUCGCCGCUCCCAAGGAUUACCUAUCUCUUUCGGGGGAAGAUGGCUCACCAGCGGCACCCAAUUGCCGGGGUGCCCCCUGAGAGGGAUCUGAACAACGACUUCCUUGAAGCCUUUCGAGACCCCAAGGCAAAGCAGCCGGACACCAUGGUGAUGAGCAUCGGGGCACACGAGGUGAUCGGGUGGACGAGGCGGCCCCCGCCGGACCUGGACUUGCGCACGUUCAAGCGCGACACGGAGGAGGCGAUUGCUCUGCUCAAUGGCACCUUCACUCGCGGCCGCCUCGUGUGGUGGAAAGCCCACUACAUCUGGCCAGGGAAAGUUACAGGGCAGGAUUAUUUCACGGUGCGCACUUUCCAUGAGCUCUACCAGGCUUAUGCAUUCAGGCGCAUGGCACAACAGGGCUACACCAUGAUGGAUCUUUACCAGACGACGAAGGACAGAUACGACCAAGUUUUUAGAGGGGAUGGAGCGCACUAUGAAGACUACCCUCCUAGGGAUGUGACGGACGCUUGCAACAGCAGCGCGAGCAGCGACAAUGCGGGUCGAACGCACCGCAAGGAACGGAAGGAGCGGAAGGAGCGGAAGGAACGGGAGGAAGGGAGAGAAGGUUCGGAGGGAAGGCACCGGGAGGAGCGGAGGGAGAGAAAGCACGGAAAAGAUGAUGGAAAGGAGGAGCUGGUGGAGAGAGAGAGGCGCGUAGAAGAUGGUAGGGGGAGGCUGGGAAACGAGGGGUCACACGCGGAAGGGGAGGAGGAGAGGGAGAAGAAAGAGAAAAGAGAGAGGAAGGAGAGAAAAGAGAGGAAGGAGAGGAAGGAGAGGAAGGAGGGAGAGGAGAGAAACGAGAAAAAGGAGAGGAAAGAGAAGAAAGAGAGGAAGGAAAGGAAGGCACUGACGCCCAGAGCAGGGGAUUUACUGAGCCAGAGGGGACGAGGGUUUGACGUUCCUGCUGGUGAGCUUAGGAGGACCAGGAGUGGGGGGACGCACCCGGACGGGGUGGUGGAGGAGCAGGAGGAGGGGAAGGAGAAGGAGAAGGAGAAGGGGUGGGGGGGAGAAUGGGGGAGGAGGGAAGGGGAGAUAACGGAAGGGAGAAGAGGGAGAGAAAAUGGUGAGAUGGAUGGGGCGAAUGGGGACAGCAGAGUAAUGGGGAAUGCAUACGGUGCUGCUGCAGAGGCAGCAGCGGCAGCCGGCGUGGCAGGAGCAGCAGGAGCAGUGAAGGAGCUGCUCCCUCCCCAGGCGAAACGUGAGGGUGAGUUGGAGGAAAGAGAGAGGCGAAUCCGAGAGCUGGAGGAGGGGAGAGUGGCUCUGGAGAGCGAGAGAGCGCGGGUGCAGGAGGAGGGGCGGCGAGCAGCGGCAGAGAUGCAGCGAUUGGUGGAGCAGAAGGAGCGUCUGGAAAGAGAUCAGGCACGGUUAGAGGCGGAGAAAGAGCAAUUGGAAAGGGAGAAAGAACAGCUAGCAAAUGAAAAGAGCCAAGAUGAGGAGGAGAAGCAGCGAUUGCAGGAGGAGAUGAGGCGAGCAGAUGAGGAAAAGAAGCAGUGGGACGAGGGGAAGAGGCAGUGGGAGGAGGAGAGGCAGCGACUGGAGGAGGAGGUGGAGUAUCUAACCCAGGAGCUGGAAACCGAGCAGGAGAUCGCAGCAGAGGCUGCUGAGAUGGCGCAGCGGGAGUGGGCGGCGCGGCAGGAGGCGCUGCGCCAGCUGGCAGAGGUGGAGCGUGAGCUGGCGAUGGAGGCGAGCGAGGCUGACGUGGCAGCAGCUGCUGCCGCUGCUGCAGCUGCAGCGAGAGAAGCAGUAGGAGCAGGAGCUUCUGAGGGAGUGACUAGCACCCUGCAUCAGAGCGGAUCUCUUGAAGAAUCAGCUGCGGAUUUGGCCUCUUCCGUUCGAUCACUCUCAUUCAAGGACCAGGCCACUGAAGCUGGUAGGGUUUAUGAGCCUGCUCAAGAAUCAUCGCUCGCAGGACAAGGUACUGAAGCUGGCUCUGACCCCUCAGCUGAAUCUGGUAACCCCUCAGACCCCUCUGACCCCUCAGACAGCGCUUCAGGCUUCUCUGGUUUCGACUUAAAACCGUCUGAACCAGGCCUUGGACCAGCACCGCAUUUGACCGCUUUCCCGACCUCUCAAUCUCUCUCUGCCGCUGCUUACUAUGCCGACCAAGCUCACCAUCCCAGGCAUGUAGGCUCGGCAGCGCCGAAGCUGGACGUGCUGGCUCGGAUACGAUCCGCCACGUUUGUCCUCCGCAACAGCAGCAGCCUCUCCAACACCCCUCUGGGAACCACCCCUUUGGCCUCCCCUGGGUAUACGGCUAAAAGCUCUGUGUUCUCCUCAGCAGCAGGAACAUCAGAGGCAGCAGCACAGGCAGCAGCACAGGCAGUGCAGGUGUCAUCUGGGAAGGGUGACAAUCAGUCCAAAGUGGAAGAGACAAGGGACGGGGGAGCGGCAGUGGGGGGAGAGGAGGGGUUUGAGUACUGCGGGGGUCAGAGCAAGGCGUGGAGAGCGGUGCACUGCGGUGGCUUUGUGCACGUGCUGCUGCAGCUGUCGCUGCUCGGCGUGAAUCGGCUGGAGGAUUGCGUUGCAAGAGCAGAGGCGGCACGGGCCGCGACAGACAAGACUGCAGCAGCAGCAGCUCUGGCAGCAGCAGUAGAAGUAGAAGCAGCAGGGAAAUAUCUAGCAGUGUGCUCCGCUGCUGCUGCUGCUGCUGCUGCUGCUGCUGCUGCUGCUGCUACUGCUGCUACUGGCUCUGAUGUUGCUGCUGCUGCUGGCUCUGAUGUUGCUGGGGCUUCUGCAGUGUCUGCAUCAGGUGCCCCCGCCUCUGCCACUCCCUCUGCAUCCGCCUCUGCUGGUGUCUCUACUGGCUCGGAUCUGCUCUCAAUGCUCUCCUUCAGUCGGCUUUUCCAGCCUCUUGCAGCCGCUGCAGCCACGGCAGCAGCUGCAGCAACACCAGGCACAGCAGGUACAGGAGGCACAGCAGGCAGCAUUCUUGAGGAAGGGACAGAGCUUGUAGAUCUCAGUAGCAGCAAUAGCGGAGAGGCGGAGGGAGAAGGUAUGGUUGGGGAAAAGGAGGGGGCGAGGAGGGGAGAGGGGCAGGAGGAGGGGGGGAAUGUGGACGGGGUAGAUAAUGGGGCAGAGAGGGUUGGGGAGAGGGAGGAGGGAGAGGGUGUGGUUGCAAAAGAGCAUGGGCUAGAGAGGGUAGGGGACUGGGAGGAGGAGCAACCUUUGCAGGUGGGGGAGGGGGAGGAGGAAUCAGUGCAGAUGUCUCGAGAUGUGCUUCGCACGGCCGUUACAGAUACUCGGAAGCAAGCCGAAGCGCUUGACCAGGCUAUUCUUGCCAGCUCCCAAGCAAAAGAGGACAAGGAGAGGGAGAGGGACAUGGUGCUCCGAAGGCUGACAGUGAACAAAGCAACCACCAUGAUGCGUAAAGGAGCCCUCCGUGUUCUGGCCGCCGCCAUGGCCAGGCAAUCAGCAGCCUCAGCCGGCGUUCCGGCAUCCCUAGGAGCCUCCCUGAUUCCUGCCGCUGGAAUCAUCCCUCGAAUCCUCCACCGAGGAUUCGCCAGUGAUGAGAGUCUGAAACGUACCCCCUUGUACGAUUUCCACGUGGCGGAAGGCGGGAAAAUGGUCCCCUUCGCCGGAUAUAGCAUGCCGAUCCAGUACAAGGACAGCAUUAUCGAUUCCACCAUUAACUGCCGGACAAACGGAAGCCUGUUCGACGUCUCCCACAUGUGCGGCCUCAGCCUCAAGGGCAAGGAUGUAAUUCCUUUCCUCGAAACGCUCGUGGUUGGCGACAUUGCUGCUCUCAAGGACGGGACUGGCACCCUGUCGGUCUUCACGAACGAGAAGGGUGGAAUCAUCGACGACACUGUCAUCACUCGGGUUACCCCUUCGCACAUCUAUCUCGUCGUCAACGCCGGGUGCCGCGAGAAAGAUCUGAACCACAUCGGAGCUCAUCUGGAGGCCUACAAGGCGGCCGGCAAGAACGUUUCGUGGCAGAUUCACGACGACCGCGCGCUGCUGGCGCUGCAGGGCCCUCUCGCGGCGUCCACGCUGCAGCCGCUCGUGUUGGCGGACCUCUCCAAGAUGUCCUUCAGCGAUUUCACCAUGCUCAAGAUCGACGGCCACGAUUGCUUCCUCACCCGGACGGGCUACACUGGAGAGGACGGGUUUGAAAUUUCCGUGCCCAAUGAGAACGCACUGGCACUUGCCAAGAAGCUUCUCGAGGUUAGCGAGGGGAAGGUGAGGCUCACCGGCCUUGGCGCUCGUGACUCCCUCCGCCUGGAAGCCGGACUCUGCCUCUAUGGCAACGAUUUAACAGAGGAAAUCACCCCCGUGGAAGGCGCGCUUGCAUGGACAAUCGCGAAGAGACGGCGGGCAGAGGGGGGAUUCAUUGGAGCUGACGUGAUUCUGAAGCAGCUGGCUGAUGGGCCUGCAAGGAGGAGAGUAGGUUUGACGUCUACUGGAGCCCCUGCAAGGAGCCAUGUAGAGAUCUUGGAUAAGGAGGGGAAUGUUGUUGGAGAGGUGACCAGUGGAGGGUUCAGUCCAUGCCUGAAGAAGAAUAUUCGCGAUGGGAUAUGUGAAGAAUGGGCUGCACAAAGCGGGUUCCGAGAUCCUUCAUCGGACGCACGAGCGCGCUGGCGGAUCUCAGCCGCCGCCGCCGCAAUUUUGUCCUCCUCAGGCGCAGGCGCGCGCUUGCGGCUUCCGCUGUUCCGCCCGGGCGAUGGGAGCGUGGGGAACAGUAUGGACGAGGAUAGCGCAGCCGAAGAUGAUGCGGACGACGCGGAGGACGCGGAGGAGGAGGGGGGGCGCGCGGAGGGCGCAGGGGGAAAAGCGGAGCGGGAAGCCCGUGAUUCCCGUGGCGGCGCGUUGCAGCGACCGGCAGGACGGUUGGCAGCAGACCCUGACAAGCUGGGGAAAGGCGACUGGCGGGGGAUUUCGCGGAACUACGUGACGACGCGCACACCUACGCAGGUCGCGAGCCACGCGCAGAAGUACUUCAUCCGCCAGAGCAAUCUCAACAAGCGCAAGCGCCGGUCGAGCCUGUUCGAUAUAAGCACAGACGUGCUAGCGGAGGAAGCGGCGGGCGCAACGGUCAUGUCUCGAUCCAUGAGCACGCCGUCCCUCCCGUCGCUCCGCGACGAUCCCAAGUUUCUCCCCUCGGGAACUUCCGGCGGACUCACCGCCAUUUCUUCCGCCGCCGCCAUCUCCGCGCUUUCCCCCUCCGCCUCCGCUCUCGCCUCCCCGCAAUCGCUCUCCCACCACGCGCUGCAUCAGGCGCUUCCGCACGCGCGCGCAUUUUCCCGCCCGUACCAGCUCCCCAAUACCGCGCAAACCCUUCCCCCGCCAUCCUACAACCCGCACUCCUCUUCCGCCCAUCCGUUCGCCUCCGCCUCCUCCCCUUCCGCGCAUCCAUCCCCGCACCCCUUCGCCCCUUCCGCUUCCGCGCACGGCUUCCUCGAUCUGAGUCGCUGCCAGUCAUACCCCGCAGUUCACAUGCUCGAGAGCGGAAGCCCUUACGAUAAUCCCGCCCUUUCCGCCGCGUCCGCCGCCGCCGCCGCCGCCACCCGUGGCGGCGCACUUUCCGCAGCAUUUCCGCCGCUCACGCGUCCCAUGUCCCUGCCGUCCCUUCACCCGCCCUCCAUCCCCGAGACUUCCGCCGUUCCGCCGGUCGAUCUAGGCCCCGCGCACUACCUCCCCUCCGCGCAUGGCUUUUCCGCGCAUCCGCACUCGCAGCCCCCCCAUUGGCACCUCCUCCCCUCUUCUUCCGCCAAUCCUUCCGCCGCUUCCACCGCCGCCGCGCGCGCUGCUGGGCGCGGGCCGAUGGCGCUCGACUGGGCUAUGUGCGCCAGGUGGCCCCGCAGGCGCGGGGAGUUCCGCCGCCGCCGCUGCGGCGAUGGGGCGCCAAGGGGAGGACACGAGCAUGGGUUGUGUCCCUGGGGUGGGGGGCGCGGGCGCGGGGCUCGACCUGCCGAACGAGCAGGGGCGGAUGGGGGUGGUCCAAUGCUGCUGGGGGGGAGCAGCAACGUGGAGAAGAAGACAAAACUUGAGAGUGGCAUGGGUUUUCCUAGUAGUGCUGGUGCUGUGGCUGGCGGAAAUGCUGCUGCUCCUGGUGGGACUGGUGGGGCUGGGGCUGCCGGUUCUGCUGCUGCAGCCGCUGCGGCGGCAGCAGCUGGUGGUGGCUCUGCUUUCUCCCCUUUCCGAUCUGGAAUGCCAGCUUCUGGUCCUGCUGCUGCUGCUGCUGCUGCUGCUGCUGCUGCUGCUGCUGCAGGUGCUGCAUCGGCAUAUCUCUCCACCUCUCCACCCUCCACCUACCCGUACGGUCCCCUCUCGUCCUCUCCCCCCAUCGGCUACCCCUACUCCUCCUUCCUCUGGCCUAGAACCACCACGCACUGGUCACAGCAGUUCGCAUCGGAGAGCCUAGCGGACAAGACAGUCGUCACCAUCAAUGGUGCCGAUGCCAACACCACCCCUGCUCGGAUGGCAGCUGCAAUCGCCUCGUCUUGUCAACCUGACCCAUCAACCAAAGGUCGGAAAGGGCCUGCCAUGUCGUCAGCAUCCGCUGCUGAGCUGGCACGGUGGAUUUUGGAUCUUGCGACCGAGCAGCAGCAGAAGCAGCAACAACAGCGGCAGAGGAAGCAGCGCCAGGUGUCAAAACAGCGUCAGCAAGGGAAGAAGCAGCAGGGGCAAACCCUUGGGCGGGACGACAGCGGUAGCAGAGAGAGUGCCAGUCCGUGGCUGUGCAUAGCGGUUCACAAUCUGGAUGCUGCUCCCAUCAGAGCGUCACCUGCCUGCAUCUCCCUGCUCGCCCUCCUUGCCGCCUGCCCUGCCAUCGCUGUCAUCGCCUCUGUCGACCAUGUGCUCUCCUCCGCUUUGUUUGACCGUCAGACCCUCUCCCUCUUCAACUUCGCCACCCAUCACGUGGUGACACGUGGCGCCUACACCAAGGAGGCGUCCGCCUUCUCCCCCGCCACUCUCUCCCACACGCCCUCCGCCUCUGCUGCAGCACAGGCCGCCCUGCUGGUCCUCCGCAGCCUCCCCCCCAACGCCUGCCAGAUAUUCACCCUCAUAGCACAGCCGUUUCUGUCUAGUGCUGGUGGUGGUAAAGGGAGAGGUAGUGGUGGCGGUUCUGGUGGUGAUGGGAGGGACGGCGAUGGGGAGGAGGAAGGCGGUGGAUCAGGCCAGAAGAAUCAGCCUCAAGGUGCCUUUUCUCCCUGCCCUUUCGCUUUCCCCUGCCUCUGUUGUCCCUGCCCCUCCGUCCCCCCUGCUCCCUCGCGGUUCCCUUCACAUCUUCACUCGAUCUGUUUCUUUCCGCUUGCAUCAAUUGCACCUAUUGCAUUGGUGCACAAAAACGCACUCGUGUUUGCAUCAUGUGACGUGCCGGUUUCUAGCGAGGUAACCGGUGUCCUGCUCCUCUCCUUCUCCACUCUUUCAAUCUGUCAUUGUGCCUGUUUUUCUCCAGCCCUGCCCUUCGCCCAGCUCUACUCCCUCUGUCGAGCGCGCUUUCUGGUUACCAGCGAGGUAACGCUGCGGGCGCAUUUGAGGGAGUUUGAGGACCACGCUUUGGUGAGAACAUUCAGGCAGGCGGAUGGCACAGAGAGCGUGGGGCUGCUGCUGACAGUCCCGGCACUCGCCCAAGUCAUGGAGCAGCUGGGAGGGAAAUGA